AAUGAGGCUGAUAGCAAAGGACAGAAAAGCUAGAACCAAUAUAGAAGCCAACAGUGGAAUAUACCAGGGAUAUGGUUAUGGUUGGGGGUUUGGCCUAGUUGAAGCUAGGUUAAAGACAGCGUUUGGCAUGGUUGAAGCUAAUUUACUGAUAGGUUUAGGCCUAGUUGAAGCUAUUUUAUGGAUAGGGUUAGGCCUAGUUGAAGCUAAUUUACUGAUAGGUUUAGGCCUAGUUGAAGCUAUUUAUGGAUAG